AUGGAGCCCAUCUUAAAAAUGGGUAGAAAGAAGGACCCUGGGAACUACCAACCUGUUGGCCUCACCUGUGUGCCUGGGAAGAUCAUGGAACAGAUCCUCCCAGCAGAUGUGCUAAGGCACGUGGAGGACAGGGAGGGAGGUGAUUCCAUACAACCAGCACGGCUUCACCAAGGGCAAGUCCUGCCUGACCAACCAAAUGGCCUCUGUGAUGGGGUGACUCCAUCAGUGGACAAGGGAAGGGCUGCAGGCUGCCUGUUUGAAGAUGACCUUUGCAAAUCUUUUGAAAUCUGUGUAAAUGAUGGAAUAUUUGGGAGAUGUCAGCGAGGGCCAGUAAUAGACAUCUAUAAAUAUGACAUUUCACCCCCUGUUCUGCAGCACCUGAGGAUCAUCCUGGAGAAGCUCUCACACAGAGGUUUUACCUGGCGAGAUGAUUAUACACAGCAUGUUAUUGGUCAGGAACUCUCAGCCAUUCACAAAAUCCACAGCAGACGCCCUGAUGUAUUUGCAUCUGAAGGAUCUGACACAGGAAGGAUUUUUGGACAGAAUGCAGAUAAUGAAAGAAAUUAUGAUGGGGAAAAUGAUGUGAACUUGGCCAAGUCUCUUCAGCAAUACCUUAAAUAUCUCGGUAUUCUCUCCCAGUCUGCAGCUACAAAUUUGUAUCCAAGGAAGACAAGUGACAAAGCUUCUGUCAAGAGCUACGUCUACAAUGAUCCUGUCAGGUACUACCCGAGGCGAAACCCCAAAGAGCGAGCUCCUCCUUUGGCCCAUCCAUCAGAACCCCACCAACAGCUCACUGAGAACCUCCGAGGGAGGACCUUCAGCCAGACCCAGGUGGAGAAGUUCUCACCAGAGUCAGAAGUGGGGCUCGACCAAAAAUCCCUGAUGGCUGCACUGCACACCUACAUCACCCAGAACCUGUCAGCACAAAGCAAUGACAAAAGCUCUCGCAGCAGGACUAAAGGGUCUCAGGUUUAUGCUGAUAGAUUCUACUCCAUGCAAGUCAGUCCUUUUGACGGAAACAUUGCCAAAGGAAAAGCAGAGGAUUUUAAAAUGAAGAAGCUGUUCCAGCCAAGACCUUCUUCUGGAGUGCUGAGGCCAACCCCUGAGAUGCUGAGUCAUAAAUCUGCUUCCCAGGAUGAUCGCAAGGACCCUCUGAGUUUAGUGGACGAGACACUUAUUAAAGAUGUACUGAAGGACCUGGAGAAACAUCAGGUGAACGUGGAGAAUCUCAGCUCAACAGAACUGGAUGAGAUCGCCGACACUAUCGCCACUGCAAUUCAAAGUGUUGACAUUCAGGCAGAAACACAAGAUGGUGCUGGAAAAACUAAAGAAGACAAAACAGAAGCACAAACAAAGAAAGGAGAUGCUCAAGGAAAGGCAGAAUUUCAAAUGGGAUUAAUGGAAAACAGUGUUAAUAUACCAGACAAUGGAGCUCAUGAAGCCCGUGCAAGAACUGAAAAAGAGGAGAACACUGCAAAACUAAUUAAAUUCUUGAAUGAGAAUGCUUUACCUGAAAAUACACCCAAAGACCUUGGCCCUGAAGAAUCUACUAAGAUAGAAACCAAGAAAUCUGAAGAAACUGACUCUUCAGAAGAAAUAAAUGCUGGUGUGGAAAAUGUAAAAAGUGAGACUUUCUCAAGGGAGCUGACAACUGCAGAGAAUAGUGAAUCUGACUCCAAAGAGCCGAGUAAGACCAGCUACUGGAUUAAGAAUUCUUUAAUGCAGGAUGGAAACUCCUAUGAAAAGCCUCAGAAAAACACGGGACAAGGCUUACAACUUGAAGUGAAGUCUUCUGAGGAGAAAGAAUACGGCUACAUUGUGACAGUGAAAGACCCCCUGAGUGUGGAAAAGGGCUUGGAGUUAAUAAAGGAAGUGGCAGAUCUCCUGAAGCUGCAGAUGAGUGCCUUCGAUGAUGUCAACGUGCUGGGACCAGCUGUGACCUUCAGAGUGCACUCAAACCUCCAAAACAUUUCAACUGCAGAUGUUGCCAAAGAAGCAGUUAAUUUAUUGGCUCUGAGAGCACUGCAGCUUGGAUUUAAUCUCACCAGACGGUGCUAACUAAAC